AUGUCUUUUGAGGUUGCAUCGACCCCUCCAUCCACCGCCGCCCCGGAGUGUCCAGGCUCCAUGGAGUCUUUUUCUGUGCCUCUGAUCCAUCGGCUAUCUCCGGAACUCCUCGACAAGAUCCUGGGUAAUUUGAACGGUUCGAGGGAGGAUCUCGCCGCCUGCACCACGGUCUGCAAGGCAUGGUUGCCCGUGUGUCGGUACCACCUCUUCGCUGAGGUGAAUUAUCGCCCUGACUUCGCUCGCCACAUCAAGACAUCCACAGGAGGGACGCAUACAACCGCUGAUACCAUUUCGUCGUCCAUACGCAGGGUAAAUAUAAAAGGACCUAUUGAAGAGGAAAGUGCCUUGGCUGACUGGAUCUUUCGCCUUCCAAGACUCGCCGAGCUCCGCGUCGCUCAAGUCAAUUGGUCGAUUCCCGCACUUCAACUGACCCCCGAACUUCCGUCCUUACACCGGCUCCUGAAGUUGAUCCUUCGAUAUGUUCAUCUUCCUUCGUUUUCGCUUCUCGCCUCAUUAUUCGAUUUAUUCCCGGCUCUCGAAGAGCUCUCACUAGACAACAUGUCGUGGGAUGCCCUAGGCAGGAUUUCCGGUGAGAAUGCACGCAACGCAGACGCCACACUGCAGCCUUCCUCUCUCAGGAAGUUAUACAUUUCAUACUGCCACAACAGGGUCCUCCUCAACUGGCUUCAAUAUGGAGUCGUCUCGGAUGCUGUCCAGACACCAGAUUCGUGCGCUCACCGCUCAUUCCCCCACUUGGGCGCCUUAUCCCUCCCCGACAUUAUGCCGGAAGAAGAGGAUAUUUUUGGGGAAUUUCUAGCCAGUCUCGGCGAGUCGUUGGAGUAUCUGGACUUUGGAAUCCUGGUCCACGAAUUUGAUCGGCGUCACACCGAUGAUUUCUCCAGGCUCGUGAGCCUUUCACAGAACACCGGUCUCAAGGCUCUCGAAAUCCACCAGAUCACACUCUUUCAAUUUCCUUUUCCUGUCCAGCACUCCGUCUCCAACAGCACCCCAAAUCCCACCCACCUCUCGUCUGACCCAGUCACAUUCAAUACACCAUAUGCCUGGAUUGCUUCCUUGCUAUCUACCCUGCGCUCCUCCUUCGUCGAAAGCCUCACGCUGCAUAUGUGGCUGAGCUCCGAGUCACAGCUCGAUCUCUUAUCCUGGCCGGAUCUCUGCGACGUGGUCGCCCGCAGCACCCUGUGGCGCAUGCGAUUCCGGGUAUCCGGCAUAGGGAGAAAUACGGAGAGCGCAGAAGGAUGGAUCAGGCGGCGGCUGCGAGAUUUAGGCUCAACCGGACUCACUCUGGAAUUCGAGUUCUCUGGAUAG